AUGGGUGCUGCUCCAGCUUACGAGUUCCCACCAAUCCCAUCCCAGAAGGAGUUGGACGAGUACGAUGUUCCUUUCUUGAACAGGGAUAAGUGUGCUGCCAAAUGGAUAGAAUAUAACAAGUGUCUCAAUAAGGGCACUUCAUUCUGCUCUGCCACCAAAGACGCAUUCUAUGAGUGCCAGUACGUGGCGUUGAAGCAGAGGCUUGAAAAGCAUUAG